GCAGGAUCAGUACGAGGUCCGUUCAGGGAGGCGAGUCCAGGGUGGCGGCAGCCGAAGCACUGUAUGUGGUCGCGGAAUUGAAGGGACCGACCCGGCGGCCUUGGCACAAGCAGGUUUAAAGAAAAAACUUUUUGCUGAAGAAACACAUUUUCUUGUACAGUUUCAGAAUGUCAAGUACUGUGUCCUACUGGAUUUUAAAUUCUGCAAGGAACAGCAUUGCCACAUUACGAGGAGGACAACGUUUAUAUACAAGAUGUGCCUCAAAUAGGGAUAAAUCAAAAUGGAGGCUCUCUGCCUGGGGACCAGCUACCCUAAAAAACAGUGCCCCGUGUGGUGGCUUUGCUCUGCAGAAAGCCUACAGACACAUGUCAACAGAAGAAGAUUUUCACUUGCAGCUCAGCCCUGAGCAGGUAAAUGAGGUGCUGCGAGCCGGUGAGUUGGCCCACAAGAUUCUUGACCUCAUUAAUGGAGUCCCAAAUUCGGUGCUGCAAUUUGAGAGCAACCAGCUGGCUGCCAAUUCCCCGGUGGAGGACCGGCGAGGUGUAGCCUCCUGCCUACAAACCAACGGGCUGAUGUUUGGCAUCUUCGAUGGACAUGGUGGCCACGCCUGUGCUCAAGCAGUGAGUGAGAGGCUCUUCUACUACGUGGCAGUGUCACUGAUGUCCCAGCAGACCCUGGAACAGAUGGAGGGGGCGAUGGAAAGCAUGAAGCCCCUGCUGCCCAUUCUGCAGUGGCUCAAGCACCCAGGGGACAGUAUCUACAAGGAUGUCACAUCAGUGCACCUUGAUCACCUCCGUGUCUACUGGCAGGAGCUGCUUGACCUGCACAUGGAAAUGGGGCUGAACAUUGAGGAAGCAUUGAUGUACUCCUUCCAGAGACUGGAUUCUGACAUCUCGCUAGAGAUCCAGGUCCCCCUGGAAGAUGAGAUGACCAGGAACCUUUCACUACAGGUUGCUUUCUCUGGGGCAACAGCUUGUAUGGCCCACGUCGACGGAGUUCACUUGCAUGUGGCAAAUGCUGGUGACUGCCGGGCCAUCCUUGGUGUCCAAGAGGACAAUGGCAUAUGGUCUUGUCUGCCCCUCACCCGGGACCACAAUGCCUGGAACCCAACCGAACUGUCACGGCUAAAGAGGGAGCAUCCUGAGUCAGAGGACAGGACAGUCAUCAUGGACAACAGGCUGCUGGGCGUCCUCAUGCCCUGCAGGGCAUUUGGGGACGUCCAGCUGAAGUGGAGUAAAGAGCUGCAGCGCAGCGUCCUGGAGAGUGGCUUUGACACCGAGGCCCUCAACAUUUACCAGUUCACCCCCCCCCACUACUAUACUCCCCCUUACCUGACAGCUAGGCCUGAGGUCACAUACCACAGGCUGAGGCCCCAGGAUAAGUUCCUUGUGCUCGCCUCAGAUGGCCUAUGGGAUGUGCUGGGCAAUGAGGAUGUGGUGAGGCUGGUGGUGGAGCACUUGGCGGAAGCGGGUCGGCACAAGCCCGACCUGGCCCAGAGACCUGCCAAUCUGGGACUCAUGCAGAGCCUGCUGCUGCAGAGGAAAGCCCAAGGGCUCCAUGCUGCUGACCAAAACGCAGCCACACGUCUGAUCAGAUACGCCAUAGGAAGCAACGAGUAUGGGGAGUUGGAGCCGGAGCGGCUGACAGCGAUGCUGACUUUACCGGAGGAUUUGGCGAGGAUGUACAGGGAUGAUAUCACCGUCACGGUGGUGUAUUUUAACUCAGACUCAAUUGAUGCAUAUUACAAGGGGAGUUAAGAGUCUCCCAUCCUAUUGCCAAGGUUAACUUAAAUGUCUUCUCAGACAUUUUCACUUACUCUCAAGCUGGCUAUCUAAACCUUAUCGUUAAAAGGGCAGGAAAAUGUAGCUUGCUUGGCUAAUGUGAGGAAAGAACAGUCUAGAUAUAAAAACAAGAGCUGUGAUUUUAUGUCCCUGCCUCUGCGUGUUUGGUCACCUCUUCCACACAGAGAGGGCAGAGUACAGAGACCAUAGCAUUGGGUUGGGCUCAUGUAACCCAAGUCCUUUUAUAAAGACACUGUUGUUAAACUGUGUCAGCCUGAGCCUUCGAAGGGUAAACUGAAUCAUGAUUCUAAGAAUAUGAAGAACUUCAGGAUCUCCUGAAGUCUUGCUGCAAAACCUGUAAACUUGAUAAUUCUCAAUUCACAAUCAUGGACUUUUAAGACUAUGAAGGGAGGUUUUGUUUAUUUGAGGUUACUAAUGACCUAGGAUUACAAAGCAUAUAACAGAAUACUUUUCUAUGCAAUGUCCUAACUUUUGUGUGUGUGAUUUUACUUGUGAAAACAUUUUGUAAUGCUGCUUUCAAGUUCUGAUUUAGUUUAUUUUAAAGCUGAGUCCUCAAGCUUCCAAACAGGACUGCUGUAAGCAAGCAUGCUUGGAAUGACUUGUGUUGGUUUUCAGCUGAGGGUGAAGGCGGCUAGGCCUCUGGACCAGCUGAAUUUACUUGUGCAGCUUUGGGCCCUUCCUCUGAGUCCCACCCCCUGAACCAUACUAGGAGGUAACUUCUGUCUGAGCCUUAAUUCCUGGCCUUUCUUGCAUAGUAAAAUUUCCUCCAGGGUUUAGUAAACCCUCUGCAGAUUUACUCAUAGCACUUAACCUUUCUGAUUAUAUGUCUCAAACAUUCUUCUAAUUCCACCUAAUAUUCCUUCCCUUCUCUGCUAUGCUGAACUCCCUCACCCUGCUGCUGACUGUGCAAUACUGUCUAGAAAGAAUGCUCCCAGUUCCAGUGGUUGCAGGGCAGGAGAAAAUUCAAGAUUGCAUGCAGUAGCUGUGACAGUUGAGGCAAGACUUAUGGCUUGGAUUAUGCAGUGGAUUGUGGACUUUGACUCAGUCUGAAUCUGGAGAGAUCUGAAAAUAGUUGCUUAACCAGGGCUCCCUAGCUGCAUCCUGAGGGGCAGUGGGGAGGAGGGAGGAGUGAGAUGUGUCAGAUGGGACACUUGCCCUUAGACUGUGGGCUAAAUGGCCAUUGCUACUCCUCAGAAACUAGACCUGAUUUAGUACAGGAUUUGGGGCAAAAAUAAAUGUAACCUGUAAUGGCUUCCAUGGGCUGCACUGACUGUGUUUAUUUGAAAAUUAAACCUUGUGGAUCCUUUUUUGGGGGAUGAAUUUCAUGGUCUGAAUUGGUGUAGCACAUUUAAACAAUAGGAAAUGUGUCCCUAAAUGGAUUCACUGAUAUAAUCCCACAAAACUAUACUUGUAUAUUCCUGCACUGUCUUUGUUGAUCCCUCUCCUCAUCUCACCCCCUCGAGCCACCCACUGAAAGGAAAGCAAAUAGCUAGGUUUGACUUCCUCAUUUUUGUUCACAUUUAGGACAUUCAAGAGUUGGGAAACUUUUAGCCUAGGGAUGUUUCCCCAUGCAUUUUCUAGUGCAACUGUUUUAGUGACAAAGUCUCUUUUGAGUGCUUAAGCCUUGUUCUUUUUAUUCUGAAACCAUCCACAGUCCUUCUGAUCUCCUAGAUCUCAACUCAGAAAUAAAACAGGAAUCACCGUCAUUCAGAUGGUGCGAAGGUUACUAGAGCCAAAGACUGCUUGUCUGACAUCCUUUGUUCUUUAUGCCAGCGAAACUCUCAUUUACCAGGAUUUACAUUUACCAGGAUUAUGGAGUGUCUGAGUCCUUUUUGGGAGCCUAGAAGGGGUCAUAAAUCUAUCUGAUUAAGUAACUAGUGAGACAGCUGAGAGAAUACAGACUUCCCACCUGUUUCUUCAAGUGGAUCUGUGUUUUUUCUCAGCCUGAUAGAGAUGUCCUGCUUUCUGAUUGGUAUAUUGAGAAAGCUCAGUUUAUUGUCUGCUUUUUUCCGCUAUGAACUCUGUCUGCUCUUUCCAUGAAUGCCCCAAGGAGCACCCCUUUCUGGUUAAACCCCAGCAUGUCUGUCUCCCUGACCACAAUUCUGCUGUCACUGGCCUUCCUGAGGUACAUGGGCUACCGCUUGAGGACACGGAUUUUAGAAGGGGUUAGUGGUACUUGUCAGGUCUUCCAAAAACACUUGUCAUUCCAUUAAUGUAAAGAUUUUGAUAUUGAGACUUCUAAAGUGAACAAAAAAAUGCAAUCGAAUGCUUAAUAUUUAGGAUGUCACUUUUGAACAAAGUAUGCUUUGGUGCUUUAAAUUGCCUAUUUAUUAUUCUAGGUAAGAAAUGUUGGCAUACUUUAAAUAAUGUUUUAUAGAUAAAUAAUACAAUUCUGCUAAUUCUGGAGAUUGGUCAAAAUGGAUGGAGAAGUUCUAAACUCAAGUUAGUAUGCUAGAUCAAGUUACUUAUUCAGUUUUCUGAGAUGUUAUUUGUAACAUUAAAGCUAAUUUACUAUAAUGAAAAUGUAAACUUUGAGGUAUGUUAAUAUAUAAACAUAUUUUUCCCAGAAGAAUGAUUGGCCUAAGCAAUCUAGUGUUGGGCCGAUCUAGUGUUGGGCACACUGGAUAAAAUUUAAGUUAGACACAAUUGAACUAGCACCUUUUAUAUAUAAGUGAAAUAUAAACAGUGCAAACUUGAGUUAAGAGAAUAAUUAGUUGUACAGAACAAGAAAAUGUGUGCAGAAUGAGUCUGGCUUGACUCAUGUUAUCAGCCCCUGGUGACCUAUUUUUGUUUAGCAAUUUCGAGGAAGCCCUAACUUCCCGGUUGAAACCAGAAUCUCCUGGAACUGAGCUAUCUGAGUUUCAUCUUAAGUGGUUCAUUUGUCUCUGAACGUGAUUCUUUUCCAUAGCACACACAAAAAAAAGCCCUGGUGUAGCUUUGGAGCUGGGGAAUAAAGGCUGCUAGUGCCUCUUCUCUUGUGAGCUGCCCCGUGCACCACCAAGUGGGAGAUGCAUUUGGUCUGCAGGGGGACAGCUCCUGAGCAGUCUGAGGUUCUGUCCCCCACGCCUCGGGCACCUGACAGCUCGCCCCCCAGAAAGUAUUUCUUACCAGGCAGUUACUUGGGAAAAUUAUGAACCAUGUUCUUUAAUUUUUACUGACAUUUGUUAUUUUAAGCUGUGUACCAAUGUGCUAUUUGACAUUUAUUUUCUAACCAUGAGAGAUAUUUAAAUAAAACUUACAAAUAAAAGAGGCAAA